CGGGAGGACGCUUGCGUCGCAGCGGGCGGAAGUGGCGGCGCUGGUUUGAAAUCAGCCGAGUCGGCUUCAGCCGGCCGGGAGCUGCCGAGUGCCAUGUCUACCCCUCCGCUGGCGCCGGGGGGCAUGGCGCCGGGACCCUUCGGCGGCCCGCAGGCGCAGCAGGCCGCGCGCGAGGUCAACACGGCCACGCUGUGCCGCAUCGGUCAGGAGACGGUGCAGGACAUCGUGUACCGCACCAUGGAGAUCUUCCAGCUGCUCAGGAACAUGCAGUUGCCAAAUGGUGUCACUUACCACACUGGAACUUACCAAGACCGGUUAACGAAGCUGCAGGACCAUCUUCGCCAGCUUUCUAUUCUCUUCAGGAAGCUAAGAUUGGUCUAUGACAAGUGUAAUGAGAACUGUGGCGGGAUGGAGCCCAUUCCCGUUGAGCAACUGAUUCCGUAUGUGGAUGAAGAUGGCUCAAAGAACGACGACCGGGCCGGGCCACCUCGCUUUGCCAGCGAAGAGAGACGAGAAAUUGCGGACGUAAAUAAAAAACUCAAACAGAAGAAUCAACAGCUGAAGCAGAUUAUGGAUCAAUUACGGAAUCUCAUCUGGGACAUAAAUGCCAUGUUGGCAAUGAGGAACUAAACUGAUACUUAAAUCUCUUGCACUACUCAUGUGAUACAGUUGGAUUUCCCCCUCAAGUAUAAUCCUUUGAGGAGGAUUAUUUAUCACUUUACUGGCUAGCACUAAAGUUCCUGUUUCCACUUUAAAGUUUUCACUGGCUUUUUUGGUUUGUUUGUUUAAUGCUCUUCGUUCUAUAGAAGAUUAUUGUAAUAGCCUUUGAUAGGGUGUGAGUUUUGGUUAGUCUUCAUGAAUUGAAUAAUUGCUUUUUAAAGGCAAAGUGAAGUUUAAUAAAUAAAUUUUUAAACAUAA